AGACCCUGCUGGCUGCCGACGCCUCCAUGGCGCGCUUCUACGGGCCCGAGCUCGAGAAUCACAUCCUGACCCUGAUGGCUAUGGCUGCUUGGAUCUACAAGCACCCCAGCCUGAAGAACUCCAUCAACCUCGUGGUGGUGAAGGUGCUGAUUAUCGAAGAUGAGAAGCUCGGGCCAGAAGUGUCGGAUAACGGAGGGCUCACACUCCGCAACUUCUGCAACUGGCAGCAGAGCUUCAACCCUGCUAGCGACCGUCACCCAGAGCAUUUUGACACGGCCAUUCUGCUGACAAGACAGGAUUUCUGUGGGCACCAAAGCUGUGACACUCUGGGUGUAGCUGACAUCGGCACUAUGUGUGACCCCAAAAAAAGCUGCUCUGUGAUCGAAGAUGAGGGCCUCCAAGCUGCCUACACCCUGGCUCAUGAACUAGGGCACGUAUUCAGCAUGCCCCAUGAUGACUCCAAGACCUGUGAGCGACUUUUUGGGCCUCUGGGCAAACAUCACAUGAUGGCUCCUCUCUUUGUCCACUUGAACAAGACUCUGCCCUGGUCCCCCUGUAGCGCUAUGUACAUCACAGAGUUUCUAGAUGGAGGACAUGGAGAUUGCCUCCUCGACGCUCCAGCCAAGCUCAUCACCCUCCCCACAGACCUGCCAGGCCAAGUGUCCAUCUACAGCCUGGACCGUCAAUGCCAGCAGAUCUUUGGCAAGGAAUUUCGGCACUGUCCGAACACCACCGAGGAGGAUGUCUGCGCUCAGCUGUGGUGCCGGAUGGAGACAGGAGAGCCUCUCUGUCACACCAAAAAUGGCAGCUUGCCCUGGGCGGAUGGCACACCCUGCGGGGCAGGCAGGCUGUGCUGGGAAGGCAUCUGUGUGCUAGGGAACAUGGCAAAGCCCCAGCCUGUGGUGGAUGGAGACUGGGGGCCGUGGAGCCCGUGGGGCACCUGUUCCAGGACGUGCGGAGGCGGGGUGCAGUUUUCACACCGCAACUGCAACAAUCCCGAACCGCGGAAUGGUGGGAAAUACUGCGAGGGCCAGAGAACCAAGUACCAGUCAUGCCACACGGAGGAGUGCCCAGCCGAUGGGAAGAGCUUCCGAGAGCAGCAGUGUGAGAAGUACAACAGCUACAAUUUCACGGAUCUGGAUGGGAAUCUGCUGGAAUGGGUCCCGAAAUACACGGGUGUCUCCCCCAGAGAUCGCUGCAAGCUCUUUUGCCGAGCCAGAGGGGGGAGUGAAUUCAAAGUAUUUGAGGCCAAAGUGAUUGAUGGGACAUUGUGUGGGCCAGAGACUCUCUCCAUCUGUGUCCAUGGUCAGUGCAUCAAGGCUGGCUGUGACCAUGUGAUUGGGUCCUCCAAGAAGCUGGACAAGUGUGGGGUGUGUGGUGGCAAUGGCUCAACUUGCAGGAAAAUAUCUGGUUCACUCAACAGAUCCAAGUAUGGCUAUAAUGACAUCGUCACCAUCCCUGCCGGAGCUACGAACAUUGACAUCAAGCAGCGCAGCCAUCGAGGAGUCAGGCACGAUGGGAACUACUUGGCUUUGAGGACUCUCGACGGCCACUACCUCCUGAAUGGAGAGUUUGCCAUUUCAGCCAUGGAGCAGGACAUUCUGAUCAAGGGGACAAUCCUGAAGUACAGUGGCUCCAUGACUACCCUGGAACGGCUCCAGAGCUUCCAGGCGCUCCCAGAAUCCCUCACGGUCCAGCUGCUCACCAUCACCGGCGAGGUCUUCCCACCCAAGGUAAAGUACACCUUCUUCAUCCCCAAGGAAGUCCCCUUCAACAAGCAGAAGGACAAGGAGAAGAAGUCAGCCAAUAUCAUCCAGCCAAUGCUGACCUCGCAGUGGGUCAUGGGGGACUGGUCUGAAUGCUCUAAAACCUGCGGCUCCGGCUGGCAGAGGCGGACAGUGGACUGCCGGGACAUGGAGGGCCAGACCUCGACCACCUGUGACAGGGCCCUGAAGCCGGAGGAUAUCAAGCCCUGCGGCGACCUCCCGUGCCCCAUUUGGCGGCUGGGUCCCUGGUCCGCGUGCUCCCGAACUUGCGGCGAGGGAGCGAGGACACGCAGCGCCUCCUGCCUGGACUACACAGGGAAGAUCACGGCCCCUGAGAAAUGCAGCUUGCCACCACCCGCAGAACCCACCGCAGCCUGCCUGCUGCAAGAGUGCUGAGCCAGCGCCAGGCCGGUGUGUCAGAGGCACAUAACAUAGGCAACUACUAACCAGACUAGACCUGGCUCAGCAGCCGGAGCAGGAACAUAGGUUUAAAGGCGGACGUGCACUAAUUGACCUGAGCAGGCCCCCGAGGCAGCCCUGCUUGAAAGACUAACAGACAUUCAAAACAAUCCCUUCCCCACCUGACAGCCAUCUACCUCAGAGGGGGACAAGAGCAGCAUGGGAGCGGGGAGGAGACGCUGGGUGUUUUUUCUGGCCAGCAGCAGGGGAAUUUUACCCCAAGAAGCAAAAAUUCAUGUCCUAAUCUGUUUCCAAAGAGGAUGGCCUGAGUUUCAGUCCCACCCACCUGGCCUUGUGAGUCUGACAGUGAGGACCUCAUCAUCACGAUGGACUAUACGCUGACCAUCAGACUGAUACCCAGGGCCGCCAAGGGCUGGGGUGGGGAAGGGGCUUCCAUGCUCAAAGGUGACGCCAUGGAAGUCUUUUUUUAAAAACCAUGUAUUGGAUGGAGGGUCUGAUCAUCAGACAGUUUUCUCAAUAGCUCUAUAAUGGCUGUGGGAUCAGAAGCCUUAGCCAUGAGCUCACAUUCUUCCUACCAGUUUGAGCUGGGUUCGAGACCACCCAGAGGUGUAAGCUGCCAAGCUGGGAUCUCGAUUCCAUCCCAGCCACAUUUCAGUGGUGCUUGGUCUGGGACUUGGGUUCAGCACAUUAGAAAACAGGGCAUUUUUGCCAAAAGCUGGAGCUAGGGUCAGAUUUCCAUCCCCCCUAUGCCAUGUUCCAGGCCAUCUCUCUUCUUAGCUGCUCACAUAAAUGCAAUGAAAACCCAAUUCAAGGUCAGCCUGUACAUGCAAAUCCAGCUUUGUACAUUUGUACCUGAAUCUGACCCGCUUGUCUCUCUCUGUCAGCUCACCCAGAAAACCAAUGGCCUCUGACAUGAGUGGUCUGAGCGUGGGACUGAGAUCCAGCUGCUCCUGAGCUCUAAUACAGUCGAAGACACACCUCCCUUCUGUGGCCUUAGACAAGUCAUUUGAUCUCUUUCUCUCUCUCUCUCUCUCUAUCUGUGCCUCAGUUUUCCUAGCUGUAAUAUGGAGCUUAUACCUGACCUGAUUCCCAGGGUGUUUGCUGUGAGUAAGAGCUAACAUUUGUACAUGGCUUUGAAGGUGACAGCUUUUUGCAUGACAUGGGCUACACCCUGUCUUCUCACCAAGCUUGAGUAGGGGCUGCCAUAUCCUUCCCCAGAAAAGUCCUCCUUAGCUUUGCAUCCAUCGAGUAUUUGACAAGUUGUGUUUUGGGGUCAGGUCAUUUGCCAUUCAGGGGUCAAACCAGAAUUACAGUAGAACGCUGAACACUAAUUGGGUCCAACCACUGUGUGGUCACGAAAACAUGCAGUGGAUUGAUAACCUCCCAAAACAACUGAAAAUACACUAUAACCAAGCGAUAUUACAUUGUAAAGUCCCUUGUUAACCAUGUUACUGUAACUUGACUGAAGUGAGUUGUUUUGCCUUCAGCAUGGAAGAGGAUACAAUGUGGAGGAUGGAGAUGUUUCAGGUUUUGAUUAACCCUUAUCCUGUGACAUCACCUGGCCACAUGCAUUUGGCUGGACAUGCAGUGGAUUGGACUGUGCCUGUUCUGCGCUCUACUGUACCUGCGGGAAGUCAGGCUAGAUGAUCACAGAGGCCCCUUCCGGUUUCAUCAUCUUCAGUUGUACAGAUCCACGGGUCAGGCUGCAAACACCCCCAGAAUUCAGGCGUGCAGAGCUCUGGCCUUUGGGUCAACCCACCGUGCAGACAGAGUAUGUUUGCUAACGUCAGGUCUGGGCCUGGAUUCCUGCCUGUACAGUAUUUGAGGGGGUCCAGAUCUGGGGCUUUGGCUCAGGAUAUUCACAGGUCUUUCCAGCUUGCAGUCAUCCUCCCCUCCCUGUAGCCAAUUAUCAUCCUCCAUGUGGUUCCCUGCUGCUGAGCAGUCCUGACAAGGAGAUCUAACACCCCUGCUCCCAAGGCUGGAAUCUUUCCUUCCCUGCAAGGAUUGCUGCCAGAGCGGAGUAGAACAGCCAAGCUUUCUGCCUGCAACCCAGACACUGUCUGGUCAUUGCAGACACCUGGCCAGUCACUGAACUUUGCCCCUUUUGCUACAUGUGCACUGAGGCUCAUCCGGCCUGGCAGCAGCCUGCAUCUCUGGGGCGGGGAGGAUUUGCAAAUUUCCUUGUCAUCAGUGUCUUGGUAAUAGAGGAUCUGUGUGUUAUCAAGAGGCUCCCUUCUUCCUACCCCUUUCUGGGAGCCUUUUGGACACAUCUUUCUCCUUUCUGAUGGUCAUACACAGCCUCCCUCCUGCACAGCUUCCACAUCACUGCUGGAAGUAAGCCCUUGAAAACUAAAGGGACAUCUGUCUGUCUGUCUCAUAUCUAUCUUUCUCCAGUUAGGGCUGAAACACUGAUUGCACCAUAAUGUCCUUUCAUCACGGUGAUCUAUGGCGGGGGGAAGAGGUCGUGGUGGUUGUCAGACUUAUUGCUAGUUUAUUCCCCUCUAUUGUAAUCCUAGGUUUUCCUAAAGAAAACGGUUUGGGCUGCAUGUUUAGGGAAGGGAGUGCCGGCAUUUCUCCACCAGAGGAGUGUUAACAGAGUGCUAGGUGCCAGGCCCACCAGGCUGUUUUGUAAGUGGGAAAAGUCAUUUCAGUUUUCUGCUCCCAAGUUUCCCGUCUCUAAAAGAGAGGCCUGUUGGAAUCCAUUAGUUAAUGCUUACGAUGCGCUUUGAGAUCCUGGAAUGGGAAAUACUGAAGUGUAGAAGGGCACAGCAUUGUUGUAGGAGGAGACCAGUGGGAGAAGUUGAUUUAGCUACAGCUGUCGGCACAGGGGGCUGUGCUGUGUGGGUGGGCGGCUGCAGGGGUCUUGGGAGAUGCACUUUUUAAAAUCGUUAGCGCAGGAAUCGACUCCCACAGCUUUGACUAGCUGGUGCUCCUGGGGCCGUAACUGUGGAAUGUGGUCUGGCAACCUCAUCAAGGUUGUGCCCCGAGAAAGGGUCUGCAGCAGGGUCACGCUAUUUCCUGAAGUCUCUGACCUUUCCAACACAGGCUGUUGCAUGAGCUAGCUACCGGGGGGCUCCCAGGCUUUCCCACUGUUCUCCCCAGGUGCGUAUUCACAUUUCACUAGCUCUGGAGGGUAGAGCCUGUCCUGGGUCCUUUUCAACUGACACCCCUCAAAGGGAAAAAGGAACAGGGAUAAAUCCUUGCACCUCGCUACAGGGUUUGGGCAGUGAGAAAGAAGCCAAGAAAUAAAGAGGGCAGCACCAUAUUUAAUCUGAGGGUUAACUGCAAUAGGAGAAUCCCUAAAGCAAACAGUUGGGUAUUCAGCUAGAGAUUAGAGCGUGCUUUUAAGAAAUCUCUAUCCAUCCAUUCACCUGUCCUGUAAGGCUGUGGUUAAACCUCCUGGCUUUGAAUAUCUCAGCCAGCGCUUCACUCGCUAGGCUGAGCCAAAGGUCCCAGAUUCGAAUGCUCUUGACUUAGGAAUCAAAUUGAUUCUUUGCCUCUGAAGAUUUUGGCCACUGAAACUGAGGUUUGCUCACUUCUGAAUGUCCUUAGAAAUCCUUGGAAGUCCUUCUUAGUUCCUUCCAGGAAGUAGCAGCUUGUGCAUUUCCCCACUUCCCUUCACUGAUCUGAAAAUAGGUAUGAAAAAUAGGUCAUGAACAUAAUUGCAGCACCGUCCUCUCCCCAGUGUUGUUCUGCCAGCAUGUUACACAACAUCUGAAGCAGGUGGCCCUGUGCUAUUGAUCCCAAUCAGGGCCCCAAACUGUCCAAAAGCUCAGUGGAUCGGGGAACCAGAAUCUUGCUGCAGCCUUUUAAUAGUGUUGCAGGCCAGCUGUUAUGCAUGGGCCCACUGUUGAACUCCCUCAGAGUCUGGGUUCAGUUUAGGCCUAUCUGUAAUGAAUAGACCCUGCAUGCUGCCCUGUCUCCAGGAAUUCAAACCAGAUGGCAUGCUCCAGCAAAACGUGGAUGCUAAAGUCAUUCUCUUGUUUUGCUAUUUUUUAUGCUUACGUGUUUGAAUGUUUUUAACCCCAAAGCAACACGAUGUCUUCUCUCCAAGGCUGCAAGUGGUGCCCAUUUAGGGCAGGUCAGAAAGUUGGGCCUGUGAGUUGCCUGAGACAGUGCCAAGGAAAACGCAUGCACUAACAAGGCUUUCACUGAAGUCAAAGAGGCAGGGUACAGCUCUUCAGCUAGAACAUCUCAUGUGCAAAUAAACCCUGUUACAGGCAGAUCCCAACCAGGAUGACAUUGUUGUUAGUCCUCAGAUUGUCUUCUUGUACUCUCUUACUCCUAACAACACACCCAAGGAAACUGGCCCUGAGUGGGCAUGGUACUAAAGCCUGUGCCAUGCAUGAACAUGGGAGUAGGUCCCUGACAUCAUUGCUAAGUAUGUGUAGAAGUGCUGUGCUGGGAUUGUGUCAUCUGAGAGGAAAAAUGAAUCCGCGGCAUCUACAAACCUAGCGAAGAACUGCCCUGGCACCGGGUAUAGUACCACUACCAAGCAACAUUAGCCCCUGAGCCAGCAGUAGCAUAACAGCAGGCCCUCGCUCCAGUGCUGUUGUACUAUACGUCUUCGGUGCCAGCCAGGAUCUCUAAGCUUGAAGUGGGAAUUCUUCCCAGCAGCUGCACUGCUGCUACUGAGGGUUAGCAGCUUAACGCCCGCACAUGGGGGCCAGCGCUGACCUCUGAAAAGGAAAGGUGACAAGGGC